UUAUUAUCCUUCAAAUCCGUCUUCAAAACUUUCCAAAUUCUUCCCUUUUAUUCAAUUUCUAAUGUCUUCUUCAGGUGGCGCCUUCAAUACUUCUGUUGAUGCACCAUACAUUUCUUCAUUCACUGAUCUUCUUGCACGCAGCAGCAGCAGUAAUAAACAAGAAAUGAACAGUGAAGAGAAAUCUCCAUUUAAAUGGAAUUUUUCUGAUCAAAACAGUAUUGAAAUCCCAAAGUAUAAGUCAUUUUCACCUGCUUCUUUGCCUAUAUCACCUUCUCCAGUUUCUCCUUCUUCUUAUCUUUCAAUUCCUCCCAGUUUGAGCCCUUCUGUGUUUCUUGAUUCUCCUGUCAUGUUUUCAUCAUCUAAUGUUCUUCCAUCUCCCACUACAGGAAGUUUUGCUGAUUUGCGGUCUAAGGAUGAGGAUAGAAAGUAUUCAGAUUUCACUUUUCGAUCCCAAGCAAGGCCUUCCAAUUCUUCGUCUAUGUUUUCGCCUUCUGCAGGAAGAAAUCAAUCGGAGGAGUUAUUAAGAAGGAAUCAAGAAAAUGGGGGAUUCAAUGCUUUAAACAAGCAAAUUGAAUUUUCAGCAUCAAAAUCAGAAUCGGUUCCAUUUCAGAAUUUCUCUCAAGAUGUUCCCACAAUUCAAGCAAAUAUGGGGAGCAAUUCGGCACAAAUGCACAAUACUCAACCUACUCAGUAUAUUAGGGAACAGAAAAAAUCAGAUGACGGAUACAACUGGAGGAAAUACGGCCAAAAACAGGUUAAAGGAAGCGAAAAUCCUCGUAGUUAUUACAAGUGUACAUUUCCAAAUUGUCCGACUAAGAAAAAGGUAGAACAAAAUUUGGAUGGACAUAUUACUGAAAUAGUAUACAAGGGGAGUCAUAAUCACCCGAAGCCUCAAUCGACUCGAAGAUCAUCUUCGAAUUCGAUUCAGAAUCACGCAUAUAAUAUGGGAAUUUUGAAUCAAUCAAACUCAUUGCUUGAAAAUCCUCGCGGGGAAUCUGUGACAACCCCGGAGAAUUCAUCGGCUUCUUUCGGUGAUGAUGAUAUUGAACAAGGCUCUCCAAUGAGUAACUCAAGAGGCGAGGAAAAUGAACCUGAAGCCAAGAGAUGGAAGGGGGAAAAUGAAAAUGAAAGCAUAUCGGCUUCGGGCAGCAGAACAGUUCGAGAACCUAGAAUUGUCGUUCAAACCACAAGUGAUAUUGAUAUCCUUGAUGAUGGUUACAGAUGGAGGAAAUAUGGACAGAAAGUCGUUAAGGGCAAUCCAAAUCCAAGGAGCUACUACAAAUGCACCUACAGUGGUUGUCCAGUUAGAAAGCACGUAGAGCGAGCAUCUCAUGAUAUGAGGGCAGUGAUCACCACAUACGAAGGAAAACACAACCAUGAUGUUCCUGCAGCACGCGGUAGUGGCGGUUAUACUAUGAACAGACAACCUAUUAACUCGAACAAUGUACCUACAGCUAUUAGGCCAUCUACCAUGAUCAGUCAUUAUUCCAAUGGGUCGAUGACAAAUUUCGCCAAUUCAAUGACAAACAACGUAUCGGGAGUGCAGAACCAAGCACCGUAUACCCUUCAGAUGUUGCAAGACACUGGCAGUUUUGCAUACUCGGGUUUUGGAGACACGGUCGGUCCCUAUAUGAAUCAAAUGGCCAAGGAGGAACCUAAAGAUGAUUCAUUUUUUGAUUCUUUUCUAAACUGAGAAUCGCCUAGGAGAAAAAUCCUGCAAGUGGGAAAUCUUUUACUGGUUAAAUUGUGUUGUAUAUGUUAGAUUUUGUGAAAGGAGUUAGUGUAUUUUUUUUAUUUGUUUUGAGGCUGUUGAAGCUUAGAACAAUAGUCUCAUAUCAAACAUGGUGUAACAAAAAAUAAAUUAGAAAACAAAAUGUCUUAGGGAGGUUUAUUUUAUGGUCAAUUAUUUCUUUCUUUUUCAGUCAAAAUGUUGAAUAAACCAGCUCCAAUUAUUGAAUCA